AAAUCAAUCAAAAAACGUCAAGUGAAAACCUACCGAACCGGGAUGAUAUCAUUCCCAUAGAAAAAAUGCAAUUAAAUAGUCCAAAAUAGUAAUAAUAUGCAAAAAUGGCAGACCGCCUUCGUCAAAUUGCCCAGCGUCUUAAAGACAAAGUCCAUUUAUCACAUAUGACCACCACAGGUAAAGUAAAAGUCGACCAACUUAUAAGCAAGUAUGGGACUACAACUCGGGUCGCGGAAAUGGCUGAAAAAUUCAGACAUGAGACAAUAGCAAAAAAAGUAAGAGAGUUGGUAACAAAGUAUGAGAAAUUUACUGGAGUGGAGGAGAUAAUGGCGCUUCAAAACACUGUCAACGAAGCACAGGACAAAUUCAUAACAGCACAGGAAAGGCGGCGCGAGCUGGGCAGACAACUGGCCGAUAUAGAGGCUCGUCUGAAGGAGCUUCAUUCGGAAAUGCAGAACACCAUGAAGGGAGAUGACAAGUACUUGCAUCUGUGCACUGAGGAACAUAAGCUGAUAAUUCAAGCGCGUUCGCUGCGCGCGAUGUUCGGCGAGGCGGAGCGCGAGGAGCGCGAGCUGUUCGCGAGCAUGAGCGCGGCCGUGAAGCUCGGCCACGAGCGCGAGCGCGCGCACGCCGAGCGCAACAAGUAUUGGUACAUCGUCGCUUCUAUAUUCGGCACAGUCCUAGGCAUAGCGGGGUCGACCAUAAACAACCACAUGAAGAUGUCAGAGUUCAGAGACAUGAUGGAACAACAAAUGGCUCGUAGCGCCAGCGUACUCUACACUAUAGCCGGUGGGGCGGGAACUGCUGAGAGGGCCGAUAUAGCUGAUGCCAUGAAGGCAGAGUUCGCGUACCAGGACCAACUCGCGGCAAACUUGAGAGAGAUGCGGGAGAACAUUGGCGAUCUAGUCAGCAAACAGACCUCUUUGAUUGAACAUCUUCAUCAACAAGACGAAAUGAUAGACAAACACAUGAGGGACCUGAAGAAAAUCGUCGUCGUUGCGUCUCAAAAUAGCGCCAAAUCUGACGCGGAACUAGCUAAGGCCUUGUCUGUGGUUCACCACGAGCUGGACGAAGUAGAAAAAGAGCGAGAAGAAGAAGGAAAAAACAAAAUAGCAUUAGAACCAAAUCAAAUCAUAACAGGUAUAGGUAUCAUGGUCUGCGCAGCGGUCAUUUUCGGUAAUAUCAUAGGCCGGGUCAGUUGAUUUAAAUCCGUAAAAAUCACAGCGAUCGUUGAUCUUUUUUUGUAAAUCGGUUAAAAUGUAAUCUGUAUAGUUGCAACAGUGACGAAUGGUGAUAAUAUUUCUUUAACAACUUUUUAAUUUUUGCAGUGGGCAAAGGGUGAACGGGUUUCAAAUAUUAUGCCGUGCCAAAAAUACGAAAUACUUUGCCUGUGUAAAAAAAAUAUUUCAAUAACUUCAAAUGCAUAAAUAUUACGAAUCUGUUUUAUUUUAGCUGUUUUUUUUUUAAUUUAAGAAAAAUAUUUAUAGUACACGUUUGGAUAUUUAAGACAUUUAUUUAUUUUAAAGAUUAUUGUAUGUACUUUUAUUUAUUCCGUUCUUGCCACACUAUCACACGGAUUUUGAGUCUGUUGGAUUUUUAUGAGACAUAUAGUUUUAGUAACAUUUCUAAAUAUAUAAGAGUGCCUAUUCAGAGUAUAUACAAUGUUUUAUAUAAAAUUAUUGAAGUACCUAUAUUCAGUUAUUUGGCGUUUACGCCUUCAUAUCAAUGGCGGUAAAAUGUAUGAGUACGAAUAUUUACGAUAAGUUUGUCAUACAAUUCCAUGCACAAGUAGAUUUACCAUUUUUACUUCAAUUACCGUUUAGAGCUAAAAUUUACGAGUACUUAACUUUGGCGAUACGUUAUAUACAUAAUUUCUCACUUUUAUUUAUCCAAAUAAAGCAAUCUAGUCCUGUUAAUACAUUAAAAUAGAUUUUAACAUAAAAUUUGUUUUCGUUAACUUAGUUUGGCAUAAUUAAUUUUUGGGAUCAAAUCGAAAUAUCGAAUUUAUUAUUGGAGAUUAAUUUACUAACAAAUUAUUUGUACUGUGGCAUGUUGCCUCCGCACAGCUACUUCCGAUUCCACUCUGUAUUUACGAGGAUACAGAUUAUAUAAUAUUUCCAGUAACGUGGACAAAGAAGUGUGUAACAUAUAAAUAAAUAAAUAAAUAGAUGUUA